UAAAUCAUAUACUUCAUUAGAAAAACAUAUACUCCAACUUUAUAGCUCUAUAUAUACACAAAAAUAGAUGUGAGGUUAGACCAAAAAUCAGGUUUGAUCAUCCCUCCAUUAAAUUUCUUCACCUGCCAUCUUGCCUUCCUCAGACCUUUUAAUGCACCCAUUACCAUUAGUGAGGGGAAGUGCUAUAUAUAUAUUCAUUCUUUGCUCUUUCCUAGCUUAAACUUCUCUUUCCAGUAGUUGUACUUAAAAAAGCAAACUACACAAUAAUGGGGAAACUAAUUAGGGUCCCAAAUCAUGAUUCUCAUAAAUCAAAGGUGGUGAUUUUAUUGUUGAUGUUGAUUAUGAUGAAAUCCCAAGCAUUAUCUGAUGAAGAUUUCAUAAGGGAGGAGUGUUUAAAUGUUCCAGCAUCUGUUUUUGCUGAUACUUUGAAGACUACCAUUGAUGUGGUGCUUAAGGUUUCUUCAAUUGUUGCUAAAUUUGGUGGUGUUUUUGGUGAAUUUAGAGUUUCUAAUGCUAUUUCUGAUUGUCUUGAUUUGCUUGAAUUGUCCUCUGAUGAGUUGAGUUGGACUCUCUCUGCUUCUCAACAUGGUAAAGGAAAUGGGACAGGUGACAUGGCUUCAGAUUUGAAAACUUGGCUAAGUGCUGCCUUGAGCAAUCAAGAGACUUGUCUAGAAGGAUUUGAUGGAACAGGCAACAUAGUGAAAACAAUAGUCUCAGGCAGUAUUAACCAACUCUCCUCAUUGAUAAAAAACAUCCUCCAUAUGGUGCACCUAGCCCCUCGCCCUAUACACGGUUCGAAUUCGCGUGCUAAUGGUGCUCGGCCUGGUGGUGGCGGGAGGCGAUUGAUGGCUAAAAAUGAUGAUGAACAUGAGUUUCCUAGUUGGAUUAGAUCGAAAGAUCGAAAGUUAUUACAAACCACUGGAGUUUUGACUCCAAAUGUGGUUGUAGCUCAAGAUGGGAGUGGGAAUUUUAGUCGAAUUAUGGAUGCAAUUGAAGCUGCUCCUAGCCACAAUACGGAUCGAUUUGUGAUUUAUGUAAAGAAAGGGGUGUAUGAAGAAAAUGUGGAGAUCAAGAGAAAGAAGACCAAUAUUAUGAUGUAUGGUGAUGGUAUGGAUGUCACAAUUAUAACUAGUAAUCACAGUGUCGUUGAUGGUUGGACUACUUACCGAAGCGCCACAUUUGCUGUUACUGGAGCUGGAUUUAUAGCACGAGAUAUGACAUUUCAAAACACAGCUGGACCAGAAAAACACCAAGCAGUGGCUUUUCGAUCAGACUCUGACCUAUCAGCCCUCUAUCGAUGUGCCUUUCGAGGAUACCAAGACACGCUCUAUGCACACGCUAACAGACAGUUUUUUCGAGAAUGCACAAUCACAGGCACUGUGGACUUCAUUUUCGGUGAUGGGGUUGCCGUGUUUCAAAACUGUCAAAUCCAAGCUAGAAAAGGACUCACAAACCAAAAGAACACUAUCACAGCCCAAGGUCGUAAGGACCCUGGUGAAAACACCGGGUUCUCGAUCCAAUUUUGCAACAUUACCGGUGACUCUAGCCUUAGCACGACUAAUACCACGACCAAUUCAACCACCACGUACACAUAUUUGGGUCGUCCUUGGAAGGCAUAUUCAAGAACAAUCAUCAUGGAGUCCUAUAUAAGUGGUGUUGUAAGGCCAGAAGGGUGGUUGGAGUGGAGUGGUAAUGUGUCUUUGGACACACUUUAUUAUGCCGAGUACAUGAAUUAUGGGCCUGGAGCUUCUCUUACAUCCAGGGUUAAAUGGCCCGGAUAUCACAUUUUUAAUAGUUCAGCCCAAGCACUUAACUAUACUGUGGCCCAGUUUCUUGAUGGAGAUUUGUGGUUGCCAACAACUGGUAUCCGAUUUGCAAGUGGACUUUCUACAGUUUAAGAGAGUAUGUAUAUAAAUUAAUUUUUUUAUGUUGAAUUUUGUGUGUUGGAUGAAAUUGGGAAGAGGGGCGAGUUGCCUAAAUUAACACCACCUCCUUGUUCCAAAAUUAUACUUACUCCGACUUUAAUCUAUUAUAAUAAUAUCUUUUCAUGGUCGAAUUUGACAAAUUUUGAUCAUAUAUUUAUCAAAGAAUGUAAUUAUAAUUAAUUAUCUAAUGAAAUAUUAUUAGAUUUGUUAUA